CGUGCUACGUGUAUCACGCUGAAGGUUCACAGGUCAGGGGUUGCCAAGGAAAGAGCAAGAUGGCGGCAGGCAGGCUGAGUUGUAGCCAGCGCUGAGAGUGAUUUAGCAGCAGAUCAGACUGACGACAGAAGCUGCUCACAAUCUUUUAAGACGUCACUGAGCGGGAAUAAGGACACUUAUGGCGCUGCUGUACGGCUUGCUAUGGCGGCUCUUGUUGAUUCUGGUCCACAUCAACAGAGCGCUCGUCUCCUGGGUCCGUGUCCGGCUUCGAAGCUGGAAGGGCCGGUUGUGGGAGCGGGCGAUGGCCGCUCUGCUGCUGCCUCUAGCCUUGGCCGGGUUCCCGGACCACCAGAAAAAGUUGAAUCAUAACCCAGAUGCUAACGCUAACGCGGUAACUAGAAACCGCGCAGCCAGUCGCCGGUCGCGGUGGCUGUCUGACGGCAGGUCCCUGGAGAAGCUGCCGGUCCACGUCGGCCUGCUGGUAGCGGAAGAAGAGCCCAGUUACACGGAUAUAGCAAACCUGGUGGUCUGGUGUAUGGCUGUUGGGAUAUCUUAUGUCAGCGUCUAUGAUAAUCACGGUAUUUUCCGAAAGAACAACUCCCGUAUGUUGGAGGAGGUAGUGAGGCAGCAGCAGGAUUUGCUGGGUGUAGACGGAUCCAAAUACAAUGUGGAGUUCCUCAGCAAUAGCUGUGACAAACACCAGCACUAUGUGGUGUCCUGCAGGCCCACAGUCAAGGUGCUGUCUCCAGAGGAUGGGAAGCAGAGCAUUGUCCAGGCAGCGCAGCAGCUCUGUCGCGCUGUGGAGAACAAAGAGAGGAGCUCUAAAGACAUCAGCGUGUCCAUGCUGGACGUGCUGCUCAGAGAGUCAAAGAACUUUCCAGACCCUGAGCUGGUGGUGAAGUUUGGUCCUGUGGACAGCACACUGGGCUUCCUACCCUGGCACAUCAGACUCACUGAAUUCAUCUCCAUACCGUCCCACAGAAACGUGUCCUAUGAGGACUUGUUAGACGCCCUGCAGCAGUACGGCGCUUGUCAGCAGCGGCUCGGCCAGUGACGAGCAGGCCAGUGUCGGGUUCUUCACACAGAAACAAGUGUUCACACAGUCUGAGGACCCCACUACUCACUACUCCUCUCCCCAACUCUGUCCAUCUCCUGAAUCUCUAACAGACUAAGAGCUCAAAGACAAACCAGGAGACACAGCCAGCCAGCUCACUUCCUGCCACCAGCUCUUGUCUUAUAAAAAAACACACUUUCCAGGAUUUCUGGAAAAUGGUCUUCAAGCCAAGAGAAAAUAGCACAUCAGAGACACACUGACAUGAGAAGACUGUCUGCAAAGAUUCAGUGCUCCACAAGCCCUGUUCUGUCCUCUCAAACCCUCUGGCUCACUGUUUGUCAUCCGGCCUGUAGCUGCUGUUUACUGCUGAAGACCUUCCUUCACUCAGCAGAUAACGAAGAAGAAACAAGGCUUUGUGCCUGUCCUCGCGAGGCGUCCUGGGAAAUACAGCUGCAUUUGAAGGGAGAAGCUCAACUAGCAACAACACAUGGGUUCAGAGCUGAAGUUGAGCUCGGGGACAGAGUGGUUAAAAUGUGUAAAUAUGACAAAUUCCUGUGGCUCUGUUUGUCCCUGCGGCCUCCAGCUGGCUGUCAUGUGUUCAUGUGUAGUGUUUCCUCAGACACAUGCAGAGGUUUGUUUAAGACUGACCGAGCUCUGAAAUAAAGAAAUACAAUGUGUGUGUGUCUGCGGACAUCCCUCACAGAAAAUCAACUCUCUGUAUUAAUUUAGUAGUGUUAUCAGUUGUCACCUAAGCAGAGGUCCAGUAGUGUGUCGUGUUGAUGCAGAUGAUGAGAUGAAGUCUGAAUGACAGAAAGUCAGUAAGUGGACCUUGAGUUUAGAUGAUUUUGACAAAUUGCUGUUUCAACCACAUUUUACACUCAGCUUCUUUUUAUUUCACAGAUUUAACUAACAGCAGUAAUAAUAAUAACUUGUAACCUGUACUCACCAAGUCAGUAACUGAUAUGGAACCACUGACACCACUCUGACAUCACUCUGAUUAAUAAAGGUUAUAAAGUUAUUACCUGAACUGUCAAACGUUCACCAGAGGCCACAGACCUGCUCCCUGCUUCUACUUUGGCCUGCUGCCCACCUGAAUUCCCAUCAUCCUUAGCCUUAUCUGACUCUUGAUGCCAUCCUUAGGUCAUGGAUCCGACCAUGACAAAAAAAUCCACCGUUGUCACAGACAGACAUUUUGCCGUCAGUAGCAUUAGUGUUUCCUGCAUGAUGCAAGUCAAAAUGUGGAAAGAGUUCAACAAUUUGAUUUAUCAAAUGACUGGCUCAGUCUAAUUAAACACAUAAAGAAAUAUUUUUGUCGAGGAGUUUCUUUUAUUUGCACAUCAGAAUCUAAAGAGAGCCAUUAGUUGAGUUACUCGUUUCCUCAGUGUUUGUUACUGAUUGAUUAACUGUUCUGACCACACAUUCUCUGAGUGAGUUCAACAAGGUCAU